AUGCUCGGUGCUUUACUUGUUUCUGGUGUCGUCUUGUAUCUCUUGACAGCCAGCAUCUAUAAUGCGUAUUUCCAUAAGCUAGCCGCGUUCCCAGGGCCUCUAUUAGGAAGAUACAGUCUGAUCUGGCGAAUAUAUCACUCUCAGACUGGCCGCUUUCACUACGCCAUCCAAGAGCAGCAUCGCAAACACGGACCUGUUGUCAGAGUUUCUCCCAAUGAGCUCUCCUUCGCCUCAGUGGAGUCGUGGAAGGCAAUCUACGGCCACCGUGCCGCAGGCGCCGCACCAGUGAUUAAAAGCGAGUUCUACGAUAUUUACGGCGCAGGUUUCAAGUCUCUAUGCAUCGGUAGUGAGCGCGAUCCUCAUAAGCAUGGGAAAAUGCGCAAGAUGCUGUCUGCUGCCUUCUCCACAAAGAUGUUGCUCGAUCAAGAAGACAUCAUUACCAAAACAGUCGACGCUUUCGUAUAUCGGCUUGGAGAAGAUGCCUUCCAAUCUGAAGGUCUCAAUAUGACCAAGUGGUUCGAGAUGCCACACAGUUGGUCGGAGAUCAUAGUCAGCCAUCUAUACUUCAUCACACUGGUUGACAACCUUCGUCGUCUCCCUUUUGUGGCUAGAGUAGCCCGCGUGCUAUUCCCGUCAACUCUUGCUGUCCAAAACCAAAACUCCCAGUAUAGCCGGAAAAAAGUCGAAGAACGUCUAUCCAAAAAGUCAAACCGCAAUGACUUCCUGUCUACCGUUGUCAAGAGUUACGAAGUGGGAGCUAUCAGCGAAGAAGAGAUGACAGCCCAUGUGUCAACUUUGACAAUCGCAGGUGGCGAGACGACUGCGACAUUCCUUGCCGCGGCAACGUACUAUCUGCUCCGAAACCCAGCGUGUCUACUAAAGCUUCAAGCAGAGAUAACAAAAAAGUUCUCCUCAUUCGAAGAGAUCAAUGCCACUGCAGCUCGCCAGCUCCCAUACUUGCAAGCCGUCAUCAGCGAGGGCCUUAGGCUUUAUGCACCGGGAUCUCAGGGGUUUCCACGAUUAUCGCCAGGCAUGAGUGUCGGCGAUAUCUAUGUCCCAGCUGGUGCUGAGGUCUUCGCGCAUGCGUGGACCUUGACGCAUAGCGAAGAGUAUUUCUCUGACCCGAAAAACUUCAAGCCUGAACGUUGGCUAGACGCGGAAUCCACAGAUGUCCGCGAGGCUAGCCAGCCCUUCUCCAUGGGCCCUCGGGGAUGCUUGGGACAAAACUUCGCAUACAUGGAAAUCAAUCUCAUCUUGGCCAAGAUGUUGUGGCAGUACGACUUAGAGCUGGUUGGCAAAGAUUUAGAUUGGGAACAGGAAAGCCAACUGCAUGUGAUGUGGUGGAAACCCGCACUCAUGGUCCGUUUUACACGUAGAAAAUCUUGA